AUGUGUCUCGUCUUUCUUCGAAGGCCAGGAGUGCCUGACAAAGAGGCCUGGCAUCUCGUUGUCGGGCCAGAGGUCUGUCGUCCCAGCACCUGUGCACAAAGGGACGGUGACCCAGGCACCAGCCUUCUGCAACCCGUCCACACUCAGAACAGCUCCUCCGGACAGUCCAAGGACAGCAUGGGUCUGCGAGAGUCACCCUUCUCCAGUUGCUUCUUGAGGAAUGUGGAUGCGAUGGUCAGAAGAGUCAUGAAGCUCACCUUUUGGUCCUUGAACAACCUGCUGGCCUUGAAGCAAACCACAGCGGAGAAGCGGGAGUACCAGAGCCGGCGAUGCCUGCCGUAUGCCCUGUGGGCUAUACUGAAGGGCCUCAUUCUCCUGCUGCUCCUGCUAGCCUCUUUGCCUUCCACGGUGCUGUGCCUGCCGGUAUGGCUUCUUCUCCAGGUUGCACGGCGUCCUUUUGCUUACCAACACGUGCCCAGGCAGACUCCCCCAGAAGAGUGGAUACUUCCCGGUAAAGCAAAGGCCUUCCGCUUUGUCAGUUCCAACGUCUGCCUCCUGCCUGAUGGCUUGGCCAAAUACAGUAACCUGGGACAGACACAGGAGCGUGCCAAACAGAUUGCCCAAGGACUUGUGCAGGCUGCGAGCCACAUCGUUCUGCCGCAGGAGGCAAGCUCCAGAGGCAACUUCUGGAAUGGCUUUGACGUCUCCAAUGGGAAGAAGUAUGGGGCCAACGAAUCAAGCUCCUACAGGAUUGAUAUUGAUAUGGCCAUCAAGAUGCCCCUUGAUGAGGAAAAGGCAACUUCACCACGGGAGAUCAUGGCUUGCUUCCCCCCCAAUGUAGACUUUUUGUGUUUGCAGGAGGUUUUUGACCCGGAUGCAGCAGCCUGCCUGCUCCAGUCCCUUGGCCCCUACUACGAGCACAUCCUCUACGACGUGGGCUUCUAUGGUUUCAUUUGCUGCUCUGCCUUGAAAUGGCUCAGUUGCUUAAAACUUUGUAGCUACUGGAAACGCCUCAACUGCUUGAAAUCUCUGAUGGGUUCUGGCUGGCGAUUCACCUGUGCACAAAGGGACGGUGACCCAGGCACCAGCCUUCUGCAACCCGUCCACACUCAGAACAGCUCCUCCGGACAGUCCAAGGACAGCAUGGGUCUGCGAGAGUCACCCUUCUCCAGUUGCUUCUUGAGGAAUGUGGAUGCGAUGGUCAGAAGAGUCAUGAAGCUCACCUUUUGGUCCUUGAACAACCUGCUGGCCUUGAAGCAAACCACAGCGGAGAAGCGGGAGUACCAGAGCCGGCGAUGCCUGCCGUAUGCCCUGUGGGCUAUACUGAAGGGCCUCAUUCUCCUGCUGCUCCUGCUAGCCUCUUUGCCUUCCACGGUGCUGUGCCUGCCGGUAUGGCUUCUUCUCCAGGUUGCACGGCGUCCUUUUGCUUACCAACACGUGCCCAGGCAGACUCCCCCAGAAGAGUGGAUACUUCCCGGUAAAGCAAAGGCCUUCCGCUUUGUCAGUUCCAACGUCUGCCUCCUGCCUGAUGGCUUGGCCAAAUACAGUAACCUGGGACAGACACAGGAGCGUGCCAAACAGAUUGCCCAAGGACUUGUGCAGGCUGCGAGCCACAUCGUUCUGCCGCAGGAGGCAAGCUCCAGAGGCAACUUCUGGAAUGGCUUUGACGUCUCCAAUGGGAAGAAGUAUGGGGCCAACGAAUCAAGCUCCUACAGGAUUGAUAUUGAUAUGGCCAUCAAGAUGCCCCUUGAUGAGGAAAAGGCAACUUCACCACGGGAGAUCAUGGCUUGCUUCCCCCCCAAUGUAGACUUUUUGUGUUUGCAGGAGGUUUUUGACCCGGAUGCAGCAGCCUGCCUGCUCCAGUCCCUUGGCCCCUACUACGAGCACAUCCUCUACGACGUGGGCUUCUAUGGUUUCAUUUGCUGCUCUGCCUUGAAAUGGCUCAGUUGCUUAAAACUUUGUAGCUACUGGAAACGCCUCAACUGCUUGAAACUGCUCAACAGCGGGCUCUUCCUGGCCAGCCGCUACCCCAUGCUGGCUGUGCAGUACCACUGUUACCCCAACGGCAGAGAGGUGGAUAUUCUUGCUGCCAAAGGACUGCUCUGUGUUCAGGUUCAGCUGGGAGUUUCCCAAGGGCAAAGGAUUGUGGGAUACAUGUACUGCACCCACCUUGAUGCCAACACAGAUAGUGAGCAGAUCCGGUAUGACCAGCUAAAUCAAUGUCUGCACUGGACAGAGCAGUUUCAGGAGACAAAUGCUCGGCAUGGAGAUAUUGUGGCCUUUGACGUCUUCUGUGGGGAUUUAAACUUUGACAACUGCUCCUCAGGUAAUGAGAUGGAGCAAGUCCAUGAGAUUUUCAGUGUGUACACAGAUCCAUGCCGCAUUGGGCCACAACGGGACCAGCCCUGGGCUCUUGGCACUCUGAUAAACUCCCUCAAGAUCUAUGAUGAGGCAGUGGCAACCCCAGAGAACAUGAAGAGGACUCUGGAGGAUGAAAAGGAGCGGCAAAAGUACCUAGAAGGUCCGAUCCUGGCAGAUGGGCAGCCUGACCUUUCAGCAAUAUGGAGUGAGGGGCGCCGCCUUGACUAUAUCCUUUACCGGGAACACCUUGGCCCCGUGGAGCUGAAAGUGGCGGUGGAGAAAUUCUCCUUCAUCACCAAGCUGUCCCGCUGCUCUGACCACCUGCCUGUGGGCCUGCAACUCUCUGUGACUCCUGUGGUGCCUCCCAGAGUGCGACCCCUCUCUGCCGCUGUGUGAGAAAGAUGGGCCUGUCCGUGGGCAUGGAGGACCAAUAUACUCUCCCUGACUCAGAACCCUACAGUAGAAGGGCUGGCACUACAUCCCCUUUGACAGAGGAGCACCCCUGCUCCAGCAUAGGGGCAGCGUGGCUGUUGGCUCUUUGUCAGACAGCAAGAGGUUGCCAAUGUGCCAGAGCAAGAAAAGUGGCGUUUGUGGCCAUGGCCACUUUAGGGUGGGGGGGGGGAGGCACCCGUCCUGUCUCCCUUCUCAAAGUGGCCCUUCAGGGAACUUAAUAGCUGAGCAGGGCCCGUGUAGUCCAACAAAUAGCCCCAGAGGAAAACAGGGAAGCCAGCGGAGCUACCUCUUGUUCCAAAGACCACCAUCAGUUGCCAUCAUGUCAUUCGUGGAGGAAAUAGGGACCUCCAUAUAUUCACAGACUCCCCAAAGAAAUAUUUUUCUUAACUUUUCCAUGUAUGGUUUGAAUUUGACAAUGGUCAUUCAAGUAUUGUCAAGCACAAUAAAACAUCACCCAGGAUGAUUUGUAACUCAUUCAGUUUUAUGGGAUAGAACAAAAAGUGAACACAGAUCAUUUGCAAAUGUCAGGAAAUUUCUGUGUGUUUCCCAACUACUUGUGAAAAUGAGCCCAGAAUAAGUUACUCUCUUUGAGUACCAUCCAGCCAAAGACAAGCACUCAAGGGCCUCUGAUUUCAUUGGGAUAACUAAGUACACGUUUCACUUCAUCCACUGAAAUCAAUAGAACUACAACAGCACACUUAGUGCCCACUGUGAUGACUUCAAAAUUAAUUAAACUGGUCUUCACUUUCAGGCUGCAAAAUACAAUUGUUUAGUACCUGAAAGACUAAUUGCUGAUCAUCAGCUUUUCUGCUUCCCAAACGGCAGGUCUUUCCUGACUUACAGACAGCCUUUAACCCAAAACAACUUCUCACUAACAAUAAUGGGCCACCUAACAGUGAGACAGACUUAGGAACCGGAACCAGACCCUGCAACACACCAAGACACCAACAUUGCCCUCAUAUUUACUCAGUAAACUCACUAUACUUAGUAACAUUUGCUGUACCAUUCUGGGCUCAUUAAUUUGCCCAUCCUCCAAUGAAUGGACACAAAUCUGACAUUAGAUAUUGCAAUAUUCAGAAAUCAGUAGAUCAUUUUAAUCUUCCAGGGGCAUUCUGAUGAUAGCCACUAUUCUCCUGCCAAAGAACUUCAAAGGGAGAAUCUAACGAGAAAUUGCUCAAUUAGCAUUCAUCAAAAAGUUCAUUAUUAUCUCCAUGCCAGGUCUCAAAGAGAUCUGGUAUAUGUCUCUCAUGAUAGCUGCUGAAAUAUUAGCCCAUCCCACUCCUUAUAAAUGUUAGUUCAAAAAUACCUCUAACUGGAUUUGCUUAUCACACACUAGACUUGUUUUCUGUUACUCUUGUCUAUCAACUGCUGGGAGUGGUCCUCACCUACUGAGUGGAUUGAUUACUCUUCUGAAUGCAUAUUGCUUUAAAUUGGCCUCUUUGUAACAUUUCUCUUCCCCACGCUUUUUGUGUAGUCUACAGCUUUGAUUAUAAAUGCAUGUACCUAAUGACUGUACAUCUCAUGCUUCACACUGCUGGAAUAAAUUUUUCUUAGUUUUUAA